AUACAUUUCGCAAUUGUAUCCGUUCGAGAGAAAAGAAGGAAAAUAUAUUACUCAUCAGAUUAUUUCCCAACGAAAGACCGUUCCUCGACCCUACAUCACAAUAAUACCUAGCUUUCACAAACCGGUAACUCAUUCAGUGAUGAAAGCGACCGCAGCUGCAGCAGGCGACGACGACCAUGUUCUUCCAGCCAUAGCAGUUAGCAGCGUCAAAGAAGCRGACAGUGCCCUGACCGAGGAGCUUCUUAAGCUUUCCUACAAGGAUCGAAAAGCUAUCGACGAAGAGAUUCACGGCGUCUACAACGUGGCUCCCGAAGAGACAGCUGAAUUGGUGCAAACGAGUCUUAUUGAUCUUGCCGCAGAACUAAGCAAGAUCCAAACCAAAGAUGCCUUCGUCAAGAGCCAGACACUGUUCCCAAACGACAAUUAUGUUAAUACCCCUGACUUUCGCCUGCGAUUUCUUCGAUGCGAUCUCUUCGAUGCGAGAAAAGCAGCGUUCCGGAUAGUCGCCUAUCUCGAUUUCUUGGAUGAAUUGUUCGACGACGAAGUCUUGCGGAGACCUAUCCGUCUCAGCGAUUUAUCCAGGGAAGAAAUCAAGAUUUUGCGGUUGGGCUUUUACCAAUUGCUGCCCUAUAGAGAUCGAAGCGGUAGACCAAUUUUUGUAAACGUGGGGGCAAUGGGUUUUGCAUACGAUUUCAAAAUGAGGGUAGGUAGCUUGGUGAUUCUUAUACACUUUCUUCAUCGGUCUUUUUUUAUUUCCCAUGAGCGGUUCGGAAAGUCGAUGGCAUAUAGAUGUAACGUUGUUAUGUGCACUGUCGACACUUUCUGCUGCAUUACUGGUCACCAUCACCAGAUCUUAUCGUUUUAUCGCGGGUCCAAAUUCAACUCAUACAACUUGCGUAUUUUAUCCCUGUUAUGUUGUGGUUUACAUUGCGAUGCAGGCGAGAAUUGCGACCUACAUUUUGUUUGUAGCCGGCAACGACGUCGAAAGUCAAAGGAAAGGCGUGGUUAUGGUAGCAUGGCCAAUGGGAGAUUUUUCCAAGACUAAUAUGCCUUUCACAAAGGAAAACAGACGGCUAUUGAAAGCUAUGGUUUCUUCGAGUGCAUUACGAAUCGCUGCCCUUCAUGCAUGUUUUCCUAACACACUUUACUUUCGAUUGAUUCGAUCUUUCAUGGUUUUAGUCCUUGGCUAUCCAAGAGUUCGGUAUAAAUUUCACGAUGGUACGUCGCUAAUGCUGUUUGUCCAAAGAAAUCUCUCUAGCUCCAGUUUCGGAACUCAUUCUUCUUUAUUCUACGUGGACCGGGUUUAAUAUCACCGGUGAACCAUAGGUACAGACAUGGAACGACGGUAUAGCGUACAUGGAUACGGCAUUCCGACCGAAAUGAUUCCCAUCACCGAUUCUGGAAAUAUCAAGAAGACGCAUUUGUAUCAAUGGAUAAAGGUCCGGAAAUUCCUUGAAUCAGAAGACACUACGAAUUCAGACGGCGAAGACUCGAUCAUACUGCUACCGAACAGCAACGACGUGCUCUUUCGUUCUGGAACCACGACGAGUGCCCACCCAGGGAAUGCCUUUUUCCGUGGUUUGAUUGAAAUGAAGCACGACGAGUUCAAAUCGGGGUCGUUGUCCACGCAAGCAGUUUUGGCGGAAGACAUUGUGAAGGAAAUAGAGCAACUCAAUGGAUCCUUCCUUCAAUGGGACAGCCGAGGGUACUGGACCAAAAUGAAGUCUCGUCGCAAAAUUUUGUUCAAGGUAGAAGUAGCGAUUCGGGAUUUCAAAGGCAGGGCAACAACAAGCAGCAAUAGACAAUCCGUUCAAUCUAGCACGUACAGUUUUCAACGCCAGGAUGGAAGCGUCGCAAAGCGGAGAAAGAAAAGCCAGACCACCACUGACUCGGACGGUAGUAUGGAAACAGAAUUGAUAGGAUGUGGCUUCGUUUGCUGAACAGUCUAUAACACAGUCAACUUCUGAAGUUUUGUUUCGUGACAGCAGUCGAUCGUAACACCUCUGUUCUGAUCUAUAGGCAGAAUUACUUGGCGAAAGGAGCCAAAAAAUCAAAUGGUGGAAAGCGGUGUAUAGUCAUUAGGUACAUAGUCCAGAAGUUUUGCCAUAACAUCCAUAUUUUGGUGAUUUGGACUGCUGCGCAUUAUGAUAAUGCCAGCAUUCCAAGUACUCCUGCUGCCGUUUCAAAUACUUCUUUUCACUAUCUUCUUCCUAUCCUUUCUGCUGAACCAUCAUUGAUUUAUUCAAGCCAAGCCAAUUCAUGCAUGUUCAGCAACAUCGCAGUAGAAGAUGAAAGCAAUGGGCUUAAAACCAACGCUGCUGAGUGUACUACUGCUUGGAUUGUCAAGACAUGCAUUUGAAACAAUCUGGAACAUCUUUCUACUAUUCAAGUUUUUUCUGCCAAAUGUGAUUUUCAUUUACUAUCUGGUUUAAACACUUUCAAGUUCUCUUUCAGUCUUGUUUUGAGUACUUUUCUGCCAGCCUUCAUAUCAAACCUGCUUUGGAAAAUAAACAAACCAUCAAUAUUGGGGAAUGAAGAGAAUUAAGCCACAUUUUGAAGAAAAGCAUUCAAAUGAGAAAAAGUUCCAGAUUUCAGUAAAAUUUUGUCUUUAAACUAAUCUAAGGGUGGCUGCAUAUGUAGUAGUAUUGGAAGCACGACCCUCUGUCCAUUGAAUAUGACUCUUGGUAUAUUCAGUGAUCUCACCUGCUCCAYCAGACCCAAUGUUUGGGAGACUCUUUAUUUUCAUCCUCAAGGAAGUAGUAGUAGCAAUCAGUUGGUUGACAAUGUAAACAAUUUCCGAGCAAUUUGCGAAUCAUCGAAUGAUAUUUGGUCGCACAAUUGUCCAUGGGAUGGUGAACUUUGGAAUGUGAGAUUGAAGUUUGCUGUCGCUAUGUGGGCAUUUCACUUCUGCUACUACUAAUACCAAAAUGAUCUGUCGACACCGUAUCUGUCCUCGUGCGCUUGGAAUAAUCAUUCGAGUCAAAA